CUCUCGCCAUGAGCUCUACUUCACAUGGCCGCACGGAUCCAUCGGCAUCUGGAGCACUGCAGUGUCUCCAAUAUUUGUGUUUCACAUCCGAAGAGUCACUAAACAUUUUAAAGCAGAAUCAACAAACUCUGCAAGACAAGAUCAAGGCUGAGAAAAGCAACAAAUUUGUCAACACAAUCGCUGCCAUCUUCAAGGAAAAAGACAUAGAUAGUCCUAUUCGCAUCUUCAAAGUCCCCAGCUCUCUAACUUCCGCCAAACCAGAAGUUUAUGUUCCUCAGCAAAUAGGCUUAGGACCCAUCCAUCACUUAAGGCGUGAGCUACAACAAAUGCAGAUGUACAAGGUUGUGGAGGCAAGAAAGAUUCACAACGGAUUCAAAAGUGGCCUCGAGUUCAGCGAAGUCGCUGAGUUUCUUAAGCAGAUAGCAUCCCCAUCCGUCCGCGCCUCUUAUAACAUUUACCUGGAAAUGGAUGAUGAUGUUUUGGCAUCUGUAAUGGCCGUCGAUGGUUUGUUUCUGUUUAAUUUGCUCUGCUGUUAUGGAAUCAGCAAGGAAACUUUGGCCAAUUCAAGCUCUUUGAGCCCCUUGGUUUACUCUGCCGGGAAAAGAUUGGCUCAGGAAAAGAUCAUUCAAGAAGCCAUGAUGCUUGAGAACCAAAUUCCAAUCUUUGUUAUGAAAGUCAUCUUGAUCACAGAAUGCUGGAAUCUCGAACAACAGACCAUCGAGAUUGUUGGGGUUCUUUUCCCAAGAAUCUUGUUGGAUUUUUGUGAAUUUGUCUCACCAUUGAAAACUGUGAAGAAUUAUCCUCUGUACAAGGUCUUAAAGCAUGCCCAUUUGUUGGAUCUUCUCUACCAUUUGGCCAUUCUCAAGCAGUCACCUAAACCAAAUCCCGAGGAAGAAGAGAAGGAGUCAAGUUCAUUACAAGAGCUACGUCAGAAAGUAAGUUCUGAAAUCAGACAUUUAAAAGCACGGGACGUGACGAAAUCUUUGGAAGCAGUGGUUCGCAGGGCUAUUGAAAUAGGCAAGACGCUAGCACCGCCGGGCUUCCAAAAACCGAUUGAGCUUGUACAAGGUUUACUUGAACUACCACUUUCACAGACCAAUUUAGAUAUAUCCUCUGCAUUAAAAGAAGAGCCUCCAAAGGAAAUCUUCAUUCCCAGAGCGUCAGAAAUCGAUAAAGCUGGAGUUAAAUUUGAUGUUGUUGAUCACAUCACCGACAUCAAUUUCGACCGAAACACACUCUCCUUUUACCUUCCAGUCAUCAGAAUAAACGCCAACUUUGAGGUUGUAAUUAGAAACUUGGUUGUGUAUGAGGCCAUGAUCAAGCAUGAGACAGAACCGCCGAUUCUAAAUUGGUAUGUCGAAUUGAUGAACGGGCUUAUACAGACUGCGGAGGAUGUUGCCGUGCUUAGGAAGAAAAUUAUCGCAAAAUCGGAGCUCACUGAUGACGAACAAGUCGCGAAGAUUUUCAGUGGGAUGAACAAGUCGGUAGAGUUGACAAACAUACCGCAGAAUUUAAACGAUGCCGUUCGAAGCGUCAAGGAAUACUACAAUAAUCUGUGUUGGGUUUCGACGUCUGAAUUCAUGAACAAGUCUUGGCGGACUACAAAGAAGUGGUUCCUUGUUCUUGCCCCUCUCUUGGCAUUAUUUCUGUUGGCUGUCCAAUCCUUCUGCUCGGUCUAUGGUUGUCGUCGUUCUUCCUUCAAGGACAGCCAUACUUCUCAUGCUCAGCAGGUCGGUUCGCCACUGCCUUCCUUGAGGUCUCAUCUCAUUUAG